AUAGUUGAGUAUGGAGAGUUGCCUCGGGACCUUCCUCUUCAAAUGCUGACCACGUAUCCACAAGGAGCCGGAUUCCCGUUCUUUACCUGGGCACAGCUUUUCUUCACCACAGCUGAUCAGGAAAUUGUUGGAUGGUUUAAAGGAAGUGGUGAUGUCGGCAAACCUUCUAUUUAUUCUCAACAAGAUAUUUCAAAAAUGAUGAAACCUCUCCCAUAUGUCACACUAAGCAAAGUUCACGAUUGUUUGGAUAAGAUUUACAAGUUCCUAACGAAGAAUGAUCCUGCAUUCCGAUGCGGCUUAGUAUGGAAAGGUAAAAAUCACCUGGAGAUUUUUGCAAAGGUAAGGGAUCUAUCAUUUAAAACAUCUUUGUUGGGAACCCGAAUUAUGCCUAUUUUUGUACGUUCACGACAAACUAUGUAG